UCUACCAUUCUGAUUCUUUUUCUUUUGCUACAAUACAAUACACUUUUACAUUGUCAUUUUCCAACAAUAACACUAUAAUAUUUUUCAAACAAGAAAUUUGGUCAUGGGACAUAGUUGUUUGUCCUAAUGCAGCUAGCUCAUUUGUUUUCCUUUGAUUCAGCUACAACAUCAGUAGCCACAUUCGUUGUUCUGGUAGUCACUGCACUCUAUCUUUCACUGAAGAAAAGAUAUAAUGAAGCAAUACAUCUCAAAGUAGAAAUGUUUCUCAAAACAUAUGGCACAUCAAAACCCACAAGGUACACUUUCUCCGAAGUUAAGAAGAUAGCAAGGCGGUUCAAGGAAAAAGUAGGCCAAGGUGGAUUCGGAACUGUUUACAAAGGGCAGCUACCAAAUGGUGUUCCAGUGGCGGUCAAAAUGCUAGAGAACUCUACAGGAGAGGGAGAAGACUUCAUCAAUGAAGUAGCAACCAUUGGACAAAUACAUCAUGCAAAUAUCGUCCGCCUCCUAGGUUUUUGCUCUGAAGGAACAAGACGUGCGCUUAUUUAUGAAUUCAUGCCUAACGAGUCAUUGGGGAGAUAUAUAUUCUUGCCGCAAGAGCUCCUAGUACCAGAAAAAAAUGCUAGAUAUCGCUACAGGCAUUGCUAGAGGAAUGGAGUACCUACAUCAAGGAUGUAACCAGCGCAUCCUCCACUUUGACAUCAAGCCUCACAACAUUCUGCUGGACUACAGCUUCAACCCAAAAAUUUCAGAUUUUGGUCUUGCUAAGUUGUGUGCCAGGGACCAAAGCAUUGUUACCUUGACCGCAGCAAGAGGCACAAUGGGGUACAUCGCACCAGAGAUAUAUUCUCCAAAUUUCGGUGGGGUAUCAUACAAGUCAGAUGUUUACAGUUUCGGCAUGCUGGUGUUAGAGAUGGUGAGUGGAAGGAGGAAUUCAGACCCAGGUAUCGAGAACCAAAAUGGGGUGUAUCUACCAGAGUGGGUCUAUGAGAGAGUAGUCACUGGGCAGGACCUCACACUUAGUAAGAAAAUAGCUGAUCAGGAGAAAGAAACAGUGAGGCAGCUGGCCAUUGUUGCACUCUGGUGCAUUCAGUGGAACCCCAAAAACAGGCCAUCAAUGACAAAAGUGGUUAACAUGUUGACAGGAAGGUUACAGAAUUUACCAAUACCACCUAAGCCAUAUGCCUAGCCUGAAAGACAUCCUAUGCCAUAAAACAUGGAGGAUAUACACCAUGCUUUAGGAAGCAUGAAAAGCAGUUAUGCUUACUUUCAUGUGCGAGCUUAGUAAUGCUUAGCAAUAGAUUACACAGUAUUUGGAUCAUUCCACUGUAUCAGACACAUGAACUGUGACUCUUUUAAUUUUCGAUGUGUGGUAACUUAAUUAGAGACGUAUCACAUUGGAUUUGAUUUCCAGUGUUGUUCAAUUAUUGUGAUUUUC